CGCACUCACACGCAGCUCUGCCCUGGUUUUGUUUGGCGUCCCCAUAGUAUCAGUCAUGAGGGUGUGGCGUCUCAGGAGUGGAAUUUCACUUCCUGUAUUUCUCAGGUGAAUCACCUGGGUCGUGCCGUCGAUUGCUUAGGUCUUUGUCGACAUUAAAGAGAUCAUUCUCGUCUGAGACUUUCGGGGCCGGAAAGGGGCAGUUCGGAUUGUGUGAGACUUUGUGGAAGUUCUGAUCGAUUUCUGGGUCAAUAUCAGGAAGUCAGGAGGAGUCUUCCCACUGCAGGGUGACAGCUGAGAGAAGGCACUUUGUGGCUUUGCCAUCUCGCGGCCUAGACACUCCACGUAGAAGCUGACUUUUUAAAAUCACAAGUUCUGUUAUUUACUCUUACAGGUGAACUCUAUAGCACUUAAAAUGAAUGUACUCUUUAAAGGACAGCUGGGAGCUUUUGUGCUCCUGUUUUUUAUGUUAUCUUUUGACCCCACUGGCAGCCAGGAAACUGGUGAGGAAUGCUUAGCCAAAUUCAAAGGUGGUCGGGAGAAUUUUGUUUUGGAUACGGAUGAAUCGGUGAAAGACGGAGCGACGUUCCUUUCGUCACCGAAGUUGGGUCGAUGCAAGGACUGUGUGAGCGCUUGUUGCAAGGAGCCGCGGUGCAACCUCGCAUUCAUGGAGAAAGGAAACGAGGAAGGCUUGAUCAAUUCCUGCUUUCUUUUUGACUGUGUGUACAAAAAGGCAUACGCCUGUCGCUUUGUUAGGAAGACAGGAUACCUUAACUACAUCCUGGACUCCGUUUAUGAGAGUUAUCUUGAGGUGGAUGUCUUCCCAGAGGAAUCUGACCAUCCACCAGUGGCCAAUGGAGGACGGGACCGGGUGGUCCAGCCUCAGGACAGUGUGACAUUAAAUGGCAUAGAGAGCAAAGAUGAUCAGGGGAUUGUGGCCUACCACUGGGAACUGCUCACUGAUUAUCCUUAUGCUCUCAUUGAGAAAACCAACUUUCCAGACCAGAUUAUUGUGUCCAAUCUGACAUCUGGAUCGUACAAGUUCCAGCUGACUGUCACAGACACCGUCGGCCAGACCGACUCAACCAAGAUCACUGUCCUGGUCCUUACUCCUGAGCAGUCCAAUCACCAUUGUAUGGCUCCAAAGAAGGUUGGGCCAUGUCGCGGUUCUUUCCCUCGAUGGCAUUACAACGCUGCCUCAGAGCACUGUGAGGAGUUCACAUUUGGGGGCUGCAGGGAGAAUCUCAACAACUAUCUCUCCAUGGAGGAGUGCACCAAUGCCUGCCAAGGUUCAGGUUAUGCAGGGAUGGAAAAUGGGAAAUUGGGCCCCUGGGCACAGACAGAAAAAGGAGGCAAAUCUGGUAGAAUUUUGCCACUUCCUGAGCAUCAAGUAGAAAAAUGUGGUGCUUCCUGUACUGAAGAGCAAUUCACCUGUGCAAAUGGUUGCUGUUUGGAUCCAGGCCUGGAGUGUGACUCAACCUCACAAUGCACCGAUGGCUCAGAUGAGCAUAAAUGCGCAGACUAUGACAGCAAUUUUCGCAUUCUGCUGCAGAUUCCAGUGGAUGAACAAAAAGUGCGUUGCACAGAGCAUCCCGACACUGGAAACUGCAGGGACAGUGUCACUAAAUGGUAUUACAACCCGGUCCAAGGGAGCUGCUUCCGCUUCAAUUACGGUGGCUGCCAGGGAAAUGGGAACAGGUUUGAUUCUGAAGAGUCCUGUCAGAGAGUCUGCCAUGGCGUAACAGAACAGGAUGUAUUUGCAAGAAAAGAGGAGUUUGACCGCAGUGUGUCCAACAAACAGACAGGUAUUUUAGUGAUAGCUGCCCUCCUGGGUGUAGCUAUUGUCAUCCUUCUAGGCAUCCUGGUGUACUGCUUCAUGAAGGGAAAGAAGAAGUCUUCACAGCACCACCGUGUGCCUGUCAACAAUGCUCCAGUAACCUCAAUGGAGGACAGAGAACGGCUGGUCUACAACAGCACCACCAAGCCCAUCUGACCUAUAAGGUUUCACCUUUGACCCCUGUGCUGAUGGUAACUGACACUGGCAUAUAAUG